AAACUCGUAAAGAAAACAAACAUUGCUCAAUACAAGUAUUGAAAGGAUGAAAUUGCGAGGCGAAAGCAAUUGCGUCUUGCUCUCGUCAUAGAUUGCCACAAUAUCAAUGUGUUCAAAUCAGUUGACUAGCGUCAACAAUCGUAUUCUGCAGCAGAUCUUUGCUGCAACUCCGCAAAUUGAAUCCGAAAAGGAAUCGGUCCGCGAUGAAUCUCAAUCUGGGUGGUUGGAUACACAGCUUCACAGUGACCGACACACAGCAGCACAAGGGAGGCUACACCAUCUACAAGAUUACAUCGAUCCUCUUUCCCCGCUCGGUGCCACAGGCAUUGACCUGCCUGGUUGUGUGGAAGCGAUUCCAUGAAAUCAAGCGACUGCAUCGGGAACUGAGCCGUCGGCACAAAGCGCUUCAUUUGCCCGGAAAGUUGCCCGAGCCGACAGACAGCAGCUAUUUCAAGCGUUUCGAUGCGGCUGUCAUCCAGCGACGCAAGGAUUACAUUCUUCAAUUCCUGGACUUUGUGGCCCAGCAUCCGGCACUGUACAAAUGCAACACAUUUACGCAGUUUUUCAGUGAGGCACAUUCGCCAAAUGCGUCGCCACUGCGUAAAUUGUAUGUAGAACGUUCACUCAAAUCGCCGAGCAGCGGAUCAAAUUGCGAUAAACUCGAUGUGGCCUACGAUCCACCAGUGGACCCUCCAAUUAGCGAUAGCGAGCAACCUAACAAUGAUAAGGUUGUAGAGCAGCCGCAGUCUAAGCGCGACUAUAGCCGUCUGUUGACGCCGAUGGCCUCGGUGGAGAGCGAAGAUAGCGAUUACAUUUACGAGGCGGCCUUGGAAUUCAGCUAUGCUGUCCAGGCGGAGGUCAAUCUGGAGUAUGAGGAGGCGCACCGGCGCUACAAGCAUGGCGUUGAACUGUUGCUCGUCGGCGCCAAGCAUGAUGCCAACGAGGAUCGCAAGUUUAUAGCCAAGGCUAAGAUAGCUAAGUAUUUGGCCCGAGCCGAUGAAAUCCAUGCGAAUUUCUUGCGCUCCGAUUCCAUGCGAAACAACGGGAGAAAGCUACAAUUUCAGCUGUCGCUGGAUGAGGUGGACAACGUGUCGCAACUGGAGUGUGCCUGGAAUCAAUUGGCCAAAUACAAGGUGCUCCAAGUGCUCGGGCAACGAGUCAUGCAGGUGCAGUGCAUCACACAGCCCCAAACACAGCCGAUGGCCAUUAUGAAGGGCAUCGAGAAACCGGCCAGUAAUUCACCCACUCAAAGCAUCUUUCUGCCGCAGCGUGUGCCGUACAUGUGCCAACUAUUGGCCUACUUUCAAUCGGAUCAGAAGAUAUUCCUGCUGCUCAAGCAGGCGGAGGGCGGACGUCUCUAUGACUACAUACAAAGCUAUACGCCAACGGCCAGCAAAUGUGAAGAUUAUGCCGACCUAUUUCCAGACGAUCAGCUGUUGACCAAGGAUAGCGAUGUGACGGAUUUGGUGCGCAACUCACAGCAGUUGCUCAAGUCCGUCUCGCAUACGUUGAGCAGCCUGCAGGCGGGUGCUCUGACUCCGAGACUCCAAAAACCGAGAUCCACUGCUGGCAGGCACUUUCCGGAGGCCUGCCUCCGGCAGUGGGCUUGUGAACUAGCCGUCGCCAUACACAGUCUGCAUGGCAAGGGCGUCAUCUUACGGGAUCUGCACAUGGAGAACAUUCUGCUUGGCCAUUCGGGCCAAUUGAUGCUCACGUACUUCUACCAGAACGAAGGACUCAGCUCCGAUGACAAUUAUGUGCAUAAGGCGCUCAAUUUGAGAGCGUUAAGCGAUCAUUUCGUGGCACCGGAGCGACCGCUCAGCUUUCGCUCCGACUGGUGGAGCUAUGGCGUGGUGCUCUACCAGCUGCUCCUCGGUGUGCCCUACAAGGCGGUGCAUCCCGGGCAGCUGGAGCUCUACGGCUGCGUGCUGUAUCCGUCAGAUGCCUUGGACAUUUCGGAUAAUGCACGCAGCUUACUGGAGCAACUGCUACAACUGACUCCGGAUCUGCGCCUGGACUACGAACAGCUGCAGGCGCAUCCAUUCUUCGAGGGCAUCGUUUGGCAGGCGGUUCUAAAGCAGGGCAACAUUUCCACUUAGUUUAAAUCUAAUCGAAUAUAUCGAUAUCGAUAUCGAACUUGCGCAGUUCUACACUUAAUUCAAAUGUAUCUAUCGAAUUUAAUAUAUCGAUAUCGAUAAAAGCGAAUUUGUGCAAUUUGGGCACUUUAAUUGUUCUACAGUCGAAUUUGCCUAGAGUGAACUUUUUUCUUAACUAAAAGUAAGUUUGACUGUAGUUUAGUUUAUAUAAUACGGUUAUUUCAAUAACCCAGCCAAAAACAAGAAUAUUAUAUUAACUAGUCUCGAUUCUCAAAAUUGUUAAUUGAUUUCUGUUGAUUUUUGUUUGUUUUUUCGUUUUAGUUUUUUCGUUUUUUUUUUGUUUUCACUUGAACUCUGUGUGGUACAAAAUAUGUUACUUUAUUCUUUAAUAUACAAUAUGUAUUAUUAUGUGUAUAUGUACAUUGCGUAUUAAUAUUAUAUUUAGUAGUUAGUAUUUAGAAAGGAGGCUAGAGCUUAAAUUAAAUUUACGCAAAACGGGAGCAGCUAAGAAUUUGAUAUUGUAAACAAAUAUAGAAGUAUUAACAUUUUUGUAUAGCUCAUACGCCAAUUAUACAAUCCAUACAAACA